AUGUCUUCAACCGAGCACAGGGACGGUCCCAUGGACCCCAUGCUGAAGGGAAAUUUACCUUACUCUAAUAGACGUAAUGCACUAUUCAUAAGGUUGUUGAAGACUGUUCGGUGGCCAACGACCGGUUUCACUCUUCUUGGAACUCAUCAGGGUGACUUAAGUGGAUAUCUCGUUUAUGAUGUUCUUCAACUGAAUGUGCUGCACAAAGGUCGCCUCAUGUUUCAAUUGGUACGAUAUUCGAGAAAUCGCGGUUCAUCUUUCACAAAGGAUACUACUCACAAGGUGGCUGAAAACUCUGCAGAGGUCUACUAG